GUCAGUUGAGCCAGGGAUGCAGUGGGAUGAAGCCGGUCGUGGGGGGUUUGAGCCUCACUUUCCUCACCUACCCCCGUGAUUGAGGGAGAUCUCCCUCUCGGAGUCAUACCGUCUUCCUAAUCUCUCCUUCCCCUGCCCUCAACUAUUUCUGCUGAGAGAAGGGCAGGGUCUCUGUCCCUUCUCCUGGUUCUCUUGGCCGGACUGCGGGGCUGUCCGGGAGAUGCAGCAGGGGUGCUUUCUCUGUGGUCCGCAGGUGUGUGAAGAAAACCUCCACGCAAGAGUACGCAGCAAAAAUCAUCAACACCAAGAAGUUAUCUGCCCGGGAUCACCAGAAACUAGAACGUGAGGCCCGGAUAUGCCGACUUUUGAAACAUCCAAACAUUGUGCGCCUCCAUGACAGUAUUUCUGAAGAAGGGUUUCACUACCUCGUGUUUGACCUUGUUACCGGCGGGGAGCUGUUUGAAGACAUCGUGGCCAGAGAGUACUACAGUGAAGCUGAUGCCAGCCACUGUAUACAUCAGAUUCUGGAGAGUGUUAACCACAUCCACCAGCAUGACAUCGUCCACAGGGACCUGAAGCCUGAGAACCUGCUGCUGGCGAGUAAAUGCAAGGGUGCCGCCGUCAAGCUGGCCGAUUUUGGCCUAGCCAUCGAAGUACAGGGAGAGCAGCAGGCUUGGUUUGGUUUUGCUGGCACCCCAGGUUACUUGUCCCCUGAGGUCCUGAGGAAAGAUCCCUAUGGAAAGCCUGUGGAUAUCUGGGCCUGCGGGGUCAUCCUGUAUAUCCUCCUGGUGGGAUACCCUCCCUUCUGGGAUGAGGAUCAGCACAAGUUGUAUCAACAAAUCAAGGCUGGGGCCUAUGAUUUCCCAUCGCCAGAGUGGGACACAGUGACUCCUGAAGCCAAGAACUUGAUCAACCAGAUGCUGACCAUAAACCCUGCAAAGCGCAUCACAGCUGACCAGGCUCUCAAGCAUCCAUGGGUCUGUCAACGAUCCACAGUGGCAUCCAUGAUGCAUCGUCAAGAGACUGUGGAGUGCUUGCGCAAGUUCAACGCUCGGAGAAAACUGAAGGGUGCCAUCCUCACGACCAUGCUUGUCUCCAGAAACUUUUCAGUUGGCAGGCAGAGCUCCGCCCCCGCCUCGCCUGCCGCGAGCGCCGCCGGCCUGGCCGGGCAAGCUGCCAAAAGCCUACUGAACAAGAAGUCGGACGGCGGUGUCAAGCCACAGAGCAACAACAAAAACAGUCUCGUAAGCCCAGCCCAAGAGCCCGCGCCCUUGCAGACGGCCAUGGAGCCACAAACCACCGUGGUACACAACGCUACAGAUGGGAUCAAGGGCUCCACAGAGAGCUGCAACACCACCACAGAAGAUGAAGACCUCAAAGCUGCCCCGCUCCGCACUGGGAAUGGCAGCUCGGGGCCUGAAGGACGGAGCUCCCGGGACAGAACAGCCCCCUCUGCAGGCAUGCAGCCCCAGCCUUCUCUCUGCUCCUCAGCCAUGCGAAAACAGGAGAUCAUUAAGAUCACAGAACAACUGAUUGAGGCCAUCAACAAUGGGGACUUUGAAGCCUACACGAAGAUUUGCGAUCCAGGCCUCACUUCCUUUGAGCCUGAGGCCCUUGGUAACCUCGUGGAGGGGAUGGAUUUCCAUAAGUUUUACUUUGAGAAUCUUCUGUCCAAGAACAGCAAGCCCAUCCACACCACCAUCCUGAACCCGCACGUCCACGUGAUCGGGGAGGACGCAGCUUGCAUCGCCUACAUCCGCCUCACCCAGUACAUCGAUGGGCAGGGUCGGCCUCGCACCAGCCAGUCGGAGGAGACCCGGGUCUGGCACCGCCGGGAUGGCAAGUGGCUCAAUGUCCACUAUCACUGCUCAGGAGCCCCUGCUGCACCGCUGCAGUGAGCUCAGCCACAGGUGCACCUGGUAGGGGGGGUGAGGAAGGGGACAGAUGGGAUCAGAGGAGGAAGAGGAGGUUGAAAAGUGGCACUGGGGGAGGAGACGUGGACCAUCCCAGAGGAGUGGCAGAAGCCGUCAGACAGACUUGCGUCUGGCCCCAGGACUCCCAAGCUGAGCGACUUUGGACAGGUUACUUCCCUACCCUAAGCCUCAGUUUCCCUAGCUGUCAAAAGAGAGAGAGAGAGGGGUACCUACUUCACUGAGUUGAGGACUAAAUAAGAUACUCAUAAGUGAAGCAUUUGCUCAGCAAAUGUGAAGCGAUGUUAUAUUUAUUUAUUUUUAAAUUU